AUGGCAGAUAUAUGUAGUCCGGGGCAUGAGCCUUAUAAGAUACUCGACCGACUACAGUUACGAUGUUAUCUACCACACGAAAUUGAGCGGAUCAGCGUUCUCAGAAUUACCGAAACAAAAACAUUCGAUGAAAUUGGACAUCCAAUCAGUGGUGGCCUGUAUGAUCCGCGACUGGGCCCGUCUGAAACAUAUGAUACCUGUGAGACAUGCCAUCAACAAGGAACUUAUUGUCCAGGUCACAUGGGUCAUAUUCAGCUGGAAGUCCCAGUAUUCAACCCACUUUUAUUUGGUUUCACUUUUUCCUUAAUGAAUGGAACCUGUGUACAGUGCCACAAAUUGACAUGUAAUUCAUCCGGUUUGCCAGCGAAACUGCUUAUGGCUCAGCUUCGAGCAAUGGACCUUGGUCUUGUUUCAGUUGCGCAAGAACUUGGUGGUUUUAUCAAGGACCAUUUUUCUGCGGAAAAUGGACCUGGAACUUUGCAUGGAAAUGCACGAGCUCUUUCAGAUGAAAUUAAUGCAUGCAAAGAGCUGGAUGAUUUUCUUGACAAAUUCAACAAGCAAAGAGGCUCAGAUGUUAACAACAGUCAAUCCUUCCCUGUCAAAAAUGCUCUGGAACUGAAAAGAUUGCUGAUUCGGAAUUUUUGUAGAGAACAACUUUUUAAACACCGACAACGCUGUAGACUGUGUAAUCGAAGUAAUGGAAUUAUUCGUAAUGAUGGUGGUCGUUGCAUUCUGAUUGAUUUCGGUAGAACGAAUAGCAUAAAAAGACUUCAAAAGACGGCGCGUUCUGCACCCCUUGAAAACAUUGGAAAUAUCGAGAGUCAGGAAGUUGAUGCUGAUGAGGAUAUGAAAAUAGAGGGAGAUGAAAAAAAGUUUGAUGACAAAGACACUGCUUAUGGGUCAUUAUCGAAUUCAUCAGAACAAAUUUUGGGAGAGCAGAUGCAAUGGGUGUUGAAGGGGAAUUGCGAUAAAUUAGCUUGGAGAGGUGCCGAAGUACGAGAACAUUUUCGUAUACUUUGGCAAAAUGAUGGACCUCUGCUAAGGAAAAUCUUUCCUCUGUUCGAUUCUAAGGAUGACAAACAUUGUCCUCUUGACGUUUUGUUUUGUGAAGCGGUACUAGUGCCGCCUACAAAGUAUCGGCCGGUUCGGAUUUUUAAAGGUGAUAAAUUUGAAAAUCCACAAAGUAUUAACCUUCGGAAAUUAUUGGAAGCUUCAGAAACAGUUCGAGCCAUUCGUUUAGCAUUAUCUGGAAACAAUGACAAAGCUCUUUUGAAUUUGGUAUCAGAAAACGUUAUAGGACAAACAGUGCAAGCCAAAAUGCACAAUGCAUAUUUGACACUGCAGCAGCGUAUGGGAGCUAUUUUCGAUCAAGACCUAGACAAGUGGACAGAUGUAAGGAUUCAAGUCCCCGGUAUCAAGCAAAUUUUAGAGAAGAAGCAGGGUUUAUUUCGUAUGAACAUGAUGGGCAAACGUGUUAAUUUUGCUUGUCGUUCUGUGAUUACUCCAGAUCCCUACCUAGAUAUUGAUGAAAUUGGUAUACCUGAGCUUUUUGCGAAGAAACUUACUGUUACUGAAACUGCCAAUGCCAUGAAUUUGGCUAGAUUACGAAAAAUGAUCAAAAAUGGUCCAGACCUCCAUCCUGGUGCAAAUUUUAUUCAAAAACCAGGGCGAUAUACACAAGUUUUGUCAAUAAAUAAAGCAAAUGAACGUGACGCGGCUGCAAAGCGUCUUCAGCCGGGUAGCAGUUCUCAACUUGGUUAUCCUCUUCAGGUUCUGCGACAUCUAGAUAAAGGUGAUUUAAUGUUAAUGAAUCGGCAACCAUCUCUGCACAAACCUUCUAUGAUGGGUCAUAGAGUUCGAGUGCUUAAAAAUCAGCGAGCGUUACGCAUGAAUUAUGCAACUUGUAAAGCUUACAAUGCUGACUUUGAUGGUGAUGAAAUGAAUGGACAUUUUGUGCAAAAUCGAAUUGCGCAGACAGAGCUUGCAGAAAUUGCUAAUGUGGGAUCAAAUUUUUUGGUACCAAAAGAUGGAACACCCUUAUUGGGUUUGAUCCAGGAUCACGUAGUAUCAGGAGUUUUGUUAACAAUUCGUGGACGAUUUUUUAAUAAAGAAGAUUUUAUGCACUUGGUGCUCUCGGCGUUUGCUGAAACUACGCAACGGUUGAUCAUUUCACCUCCAGCUAUGCUAAAACCUCAGGUUUUAUGGAGCGGGAAACAGAUAAUCAGCACCAUACUAAGAAAUUGUAUUCCUCUGCAUAAACCACUUCUGAAUAUAAGAAGCAAGGCAAAGACGCCACUGUCGUGUUGGAAAGUUGAGGAUCAUCCUACACCGAAGUUCGAAAUGAGUGAGUCAGAAGUUAUUUUCAGACAAGCCGAAUUGUUAGUAGGCGUUUUGGAUAAGCAGCACUAUGGAAGUACACAGUACGGAUUGAUACACUGUUGCUGGGAUCUUUAUGGUCAUCAAUAUGCGACAAGAAUAUUAAGCUGCUUCUCGCGUCUUUUUACAACCCAUUUGCAGUAUCAUGGAUUUACUGUUGGAGUGGCAGAUAUUCUUGUUCGGAAGGAAGCAGAUAAGCAGAGAAAGAAAGAGAUCAAAGCUCUUAGGAAAUGUGGUGAUGCUGUGGUCAGAAAAUGCUUCAAUUUGGAUGAGAAUGCAGAUAAGUCUGAAAUAAAGCAUGUGAUGGCAAGUGCAUAUUGUAAUCCGAAAGGUGAGCAAAAUCAUAUACAGCAAUUGGAUUACAAGAUGAAAGAAACAUUGAACCGAUUCAAUGAAAAGAUAAAUAGUGCCUGUAUGCCAGCAGGACUUUUAAAACAAUUUCCACAAAAUGCUUUGCAACUGAUGAUACUUUGCGGUGCUAAGGGUACGAUGGUCAAUUCGGUUCAGAUAAGCUGCGAACUGGGCCAGAUUGAACUAGAAGGACAUCGACCACCGAUGACGAGCGCAGGGCGUACACUACCAUCUUUUCGUUCAUUUGAUUCUUCGCCGCGAGCUGGUGGAUUUGUCGAUCAGCGGUUUUUGACAGGCAUUAAUCCACAGGAACUGUUUUUCCAUACCAUGGCUGGACGAGAGGGUUUGAUUGAUACGGCUGUGAAAACAUCUCGAUCUGGUUAUCUGCAGCGUUGUAUUGUAAAGCAUUUGGAAGGCUUAGUGGCACACUAUGAUUCUACUGUCCGUGACCACGAUGGUAGCGUUAUCCAGUUCCGGUAUGGAGAAGAUGGGAUGGAUGUUUGUAAAACUACGUUCAUGAACUCUAAACAGUUUGAUUUCCUGGCUGAUAACAUGGAAGUGUUACGUUCGCGUGUACUACCAGUAGAUUAUAAUGAAGAUGAUUGGGAUUUGAAGAAAUCUGAAAAAGCGUAUAAGAAGAUCAAGAAAUGGCGUCGAAAAUAUGGCAUUGACAACAGAAAAAUAUAUACGAGUGGUUAUGUGGAAUUUUCCAAGAAAUAUCGAGGUACACCAAAAGAGGAAAUUCAGAAGAUGUGGUUUGAAUUAACCGAUGAAGAGCGUUACGAGUAUCAUAGCAAGGCUGGCAAAGCUUGCCCGGCUGCUGUUGAUGAGAAGAUGAAUCCAAAUCGUUCUUUGGGUGCUUUGCCACAGAAGCUUCUUGAUGAUAUAGAAGAAUAUAUCUGCAUGAAGUCAAAUGUUGAUGUUCAUAUGCCGCUCGACACAUUUCGGAAAUCUCUAUACUGGAAAGGGAUGCGUUGUCGGGUGGAUCCUGGUGAAAAUGUUGGUUUGUUAGCGGCUCAGUCUAUUGGCGAGCCUUCAACUCAGAUGACUCUAAACACUUUCCACUUUGCCGGAAGAGGUGAAAUGAACGUUACUUUGGGUAUUCCUCGAUUACGCGAAAUUUUGAUGACCGCUAGUAAUGACAUUAAAACACCUAGUGCAGAAAUUCAUAUAAAGCCAGGUGCAUCUUCGGAGCGCAUUGAAGCUAUCAAAAGAGAGCUGAAUCGAAUUUAUCUAAAAGAAUUAAUUAAGAAAUUUGCAAUUGAUGAACGCAUUAGUCUUUAUGAAAACGAAAGCUGGCGCUGCUAUGACCUUCAUAUUGAGCUGCUACGAACGAAAGAAAGAGUUGAAUGUACCCGUCAUAUAUCGAGUCGUCGUAUAUUGGCAGAAGUGGAACGUCGAUUCGUAAAAGCAAUUGAAAAGCGUAUCGCGGAUCGAUGCAGAGAGAUGACUGAUUAUCAUACAUUGCAACAUAAAAAAUUGAAACUGAACAAUUUGACUGUUGGUGUUGGGGGCGAAGAAGAAGCACCAAAACCCAAGAAACAGGAUGAUGGAAUGAGUAGUGAUGAAGAAAUCGGUGGGGGAAUUGAUCUAGAUGCUGAUGGGAGUCGUAUUUUGAAGCGUCACUUAGAUGAUGCUGCUGAAUAUGAAGGUGAAGAAGAUGAGCAACAAGUUGUUUUACCACAGCAAAAAGUUGAGGAAGCUUUCAUGGAAAUUUCAACCGAAAAUGAUGAUGAAGACGCUGAAACAGCAGUAGGAGGAGAUGAAGGUACAAAUGAUUCCUCUGCUACUCACCUAAGAUCUCAGGAAGCAGAAACUUCUCGCAUACAGAGUGUAAUUGCAUCAUCACCUUUGAUAAGGGAUUACAAAUUCGAUGUGAAAAACAAUCGAUGGUGUACUAUCACUUUUCAGUUACCAUUGAGCACCAAAACAAAAUUAGAUGUAGGAGCAUUGGUUGAAAGAGAACUGGAAAGUUUCCUAGUCUGGGAAACACCAGGCAUUGAAAAAUGUAUUGUUCGCUGUGAAAACCAUGGUGAUGAUCAACAUCAGAUUUUGGCUACGCAGGGUAUCAAUGUGCAGGCAUUAAUGAAACAUUCGGAUGUGCUUGAUGUGAAUACAUUAUAUUCUAAUAAUCUGAACAUGAUAUGUAAUAAUUAUGGUAUCGAAGCAUGCAGUCGAGCUUUAAUAAAAGAAAUAAUUCGUGUUUUCACACCAUACGGAAUCGAUAUAAAUUGGCGGCAUUUAACAUUGACUGCCGAUUACAUGACUUUUACGGGAAAAAUUCAACCGUUCAGCCGUAGUGCAAUGAGUUCGAGUGCCUCACCAUUUCAGCGAAUGACUUUCGAAACAACGAUCGCAUUCAUGCGUGAUGCUCUUAUAAAUGGUGACGAUGACUAUUUAAUGUCUCCAUCAUCGAGAUUAGUGAUUGGCGGAUUAUUACGUGGUGGUACCGGUAUUUUUGAUCUUAUGUUACCUAAGCUGAAUAUUUUAGCUGCUUGUAGCAAAUCUUAG